AUGAAUCUCAAGUUGGAUUGGCUUGUUUCGGGCCUGCUGGACACGACAAAGCUUGUAGGCCUGCUUGUGUAUUGUGUGGACGCGUACGCUCGAAGCUUUGCUGCCACUGAAGCCGAAACCAUCGAGGCAGAGAAGAACAUGACUUCAAACAUCACAAACAACAACACGUCGAUUUCUUCGAUGGAUGUCGUUGUUGCAGGUGGUCCGAGUGCUGCCUGGCUCGUGAGCAGUUUGUCACUUAUCCUCACAAUUCUGUGGGUUUUACGGGUCCACCAGGCCGAAGCUAUUGCAGGGCAGCGAGUGCUCGCCAUUCCCGCAUUAUGCUGGUGCGUUGCAAUGCCUGUGCUCUACUUUCCAGUGGCUUACUGGGUGUCAAGUCCAGCGCUGGUUGCAGUGGUGUUGAUUCUUGGAGUCGUCGUGUUUUGGGGCAGCGUGGUCAUAGCGGAAAGCUGCGACCGUCGUCAUUUCAGUGAUCAGGAACUAGCUGCCAUGAGACCUCAACUGCGGCUUGCCUUUCGCAACCAGAUUCCCUUGCUCGGUGCAUGGGCAGCAUACAGCAUGUCGGAUGACGAAAUGGUCUUUAUCAAGUGCAUCAACAGCGCCUUCGACCACAGCUUUUAUCGUGAAGUCUUGCGCUUUGUGCAGGACGUCCCCGCAUUCCUUUCUUUCAUCUUGGACUUGGUCUUUCUUGGCGCGAGCCUUUCGGCUGUGUUCAACAUCCUUACGUCUGUUGCCUGCAUCGUUUGGUACCUCUACAGGGUCAAGAAGCAGAGAGAUCAGAGCAAUGAGCGCAGCCAACCCAGAGAAACGGAGUAG